UUUUUUGGUCAUCCUGAAGUUUAUAUUUUAAUUUUACCUGGAUUUGGUAUUAUUUCUCAUAUUAUUUAUAAUGAAAGAGGUAAAAAAGAAACAUUUGGUUCAUUAGGUAUAAUUUAUGCUAUAUUAACUAUUGGAUUUUUAGGUUUUAUUGUCUGAGCUCAUCAUAUAUUUACUAUUGGUAUAGAUGUUGAUACACGAGCUUAUUUUACUUCAGCUACAAUAAUUAUUGCUGUUCCUACUGGUAUUAAGGUAUUUAGGUGAUUAGCUUCUUUAAGUGGGGUAAAAAUUAAUUUAAAUUUAAGUAUAUAUUGAUCCAUUGGUUUUAUUAUUUUAUUUACUUUAGGAGGUUUAACUGGUAUUAUUUUAUCUAAUUCUUCAGUUGAUAUUAUUUUGCAUGAUACAUAUUAUGUUGUUGCUCAUUUUCAUUAUGUAUUAUCUAUAGGGGCUGUAUUUGCUAUUAUAGCUGGUUUUAUUUAUUGAUACCCUUUAUUUUUAGGGUUAAUUAUACAUGAUAAAAUAUUAAAAAUUCAGUUUUUUUUAAUGUUUAUAGGGGUAAAUUUAACUUUUUUUCCCCAACAUUUUUUAGGUAUAAGAGGGAUACCUCGUCGUUAUUCAGAUUAUCCAGAUAUAUAUAUAUCUUGAAAUAUUGUUUCUUCUUUUGGGUCUAUUAUAACUUUAGUAAGAAUUUUAUUAUUUAUUUAUUUAGUUUGAGAUAGAUUUAUUUCUUAUCGAUGUGUUAUUUUUUUAAGAUUUAGUAAUUCUUCUAUUGAAUGAUUUCAAUAUUAUCCUCCUUUAAUUCAUUCAUAUAUACAAUUACCUUUAUUAAUUAAUAAAUUUUAAUAUGGCAGAUUAGUGCAAUGAAUUUAAGAUUCAUAAAUAAAAAUUAUUUUUUUAUUAAAAAUAUAUAUUUGAAGAAUAAUAAAUUUUCAAGAUUAUAAUUCUUAUAUUAGUUUAUUAAUAAUUGAAUUUCAUGAUUAUGCUUUAAUAAUUUUAUUAAUUAUUAUAUUUUUUAUUAUUUAUAUUUUAAUUUGAUUUAUAUUUAAUAUUUAUAUUAAUAAAAAUAUUUUACAUCAUCAAAUAUUGGAAAUUAUUUGAACAUUAAUUCCUGUUUUUAUUUUAUUUUUUUUAGCUGUUCCUUCUUUAAAAAUUUUAUAUAUAAUUGAAGAAAUGUUAAAUCCUUAUUUAACAAUUAAAAUUAUUGGUCAUCAAUGAUAUUGAAGAUAUGAAUAUUCUGAUUUUUAUACUUUAAUAUUUGAUUCUUUUAUAAUUUCAGAUUAUGUUGAUAAUAGAGUAUUUCGUUUAUUAGAUGUUGAUAAUCGAUUAAUCUUACCUUUUAAUAUAAAUAUUCGAGGUAUUGUUACAUCAGUAGAUGUUAUUCAUUCUUGGGCUAUUCCACUCACGUGUGAUAUAGUUGAUGCUAUUCCUGGGCGUAUGAAUCAAUGUAAUAUUUAUAUAAAUCGAUUAGGGGUUUAUUUUGGUCAAUGUUCAGAAAUUUGUGGGUUAAAUCAUAGAUUUAUACCAAUUGUUUUGGAAAGAGUAAAUUUUGAAAUAUUUUUAUUUUGGGUAAAAAAUUUUUAAAACUUAUUAUUUAUAUUAAUAUUUUUAAAUUGACAAUUUAAUGUUAUGAUUUAACUAAAGUUUA